GGACGCCCGGCAGCCCGGGGGAGGCGCUGCGGGACCGACGGCCGGGCUCGGCGAGGCGGCGGGCGGCGGGACGGCAGAGCUUCCGCACGGACCAGUGGACGGUGGGCAGUCGGAGGAGAUGCGAGUGGGCCAAGGAAACUAGACCAGGCCUGAAGAGCGAUGCGACAGGCGUGAUGGAGGUCGAGUCCUCCUACUCGGACUUCAUCUCCUGUGACCGGACCGGCCGUCGGAAUGCGGUCCCUGACAUCCAGGGGGACUCCGAGGCCGUGAGCGUGAGGAAGCUGGCCGGAGACAUGGGCGAGCUGGCACUGGAGGGGGCAGAAGGACAGGCGGAGGCCGGCGCCCCAGACAAGGAGGCCAGCAACCAGCCCAAGAGCAGCGACGGGACCACCUCAUCUUGAGUCUGACCUUGCCCACGGGGCUGGAAGAGACCUGCUGUCCCCACCUGGACGGGGAGCGCCGGCACUGGCCCGACAGCCUCUUCUCUGAGCCCACGUUCCAGGCAAACAAGGCCAGACUGAAAGGCACCCCAGAGGCCGCUGUGGCCCUGACCUGGGAAGGCCCUCUGCCCACCCCCACCGGCCCCUGCUGCCACCUCGUCACCGUGCCCAGGUACACCUCUAAGACACUUCAGCACCAAGAUGUUAUUUAUUCGCUGGGCACUGGGACUCGGGGGCUGGGCCCUGCUUGCCUGGGGGAGCAGCGCCCCCAGGAAGGCCCCCCCUGGGCAGCCUGGGCCAGGCUCUGCCCCCUCCUCUCCAGACCCGACCUUCCAGGUCGGGGUGGUCUGAUCUCUUUUGUAAAAAAUGCUUUUAAACUUUUAAAAAAGUUUUAAACAUUUUUCAGCAGAGAGGGAAGGAGCUGACAAUCAAUUCACUUUUGGUUUUCGGAAGCCGUUUUAAGCUAAGCCCCUCGCGUCUGUGCCGCCCCACAGACCACUCUUCGGGAAGGGGUUUUGUGCUCAAACUACCUGAUCAACUUUGUGCCCUUUCUUUCUACCAAGACGCAUCACACCUGGGACCCAGGAAAUAAAUGCCGAUGAUUUGUGUGA